GUAAUCACUUGGGAUUGUGAUGUGUUGUAAGAGUUAAGAGCUAUAAUCUCAUGAUAAGUUUAGCUAUAUUUAUGCUUGAAGAUGGAUUUGGUAAAGAAUUCCACGAUGUCGCUUAUACCUAUAUUGCUAGUGUCGUUUCUCCUGAUAGCUUUUGCGGUAUCGAAACGGAAUCACUAUCUGAAGAAUGUUGUUCACUCGCCCCAGAAACAUGGGAGUCGAGUAUCAGAGCCCAAGCUCAGUAUUGAGCCUCUUUCUGAAUUUGACUGCGAAAAUACAGAGCCUCUACAAUUUCGACCGUUCAAACCAAUUUACUACAUCACCAUGGCUCUCAAAUCAAGAACUCCGUCAGACCUCAUUAUCAUAGAUCGCAACUACUUAUCCCGCAUACGGGAACGGAAAGCCACGAUGACCAGCCAUGAGAAGCACACUCUUGGUUGUCUUCCGUUCGGGGCUGAAGCCGUUCAGGAAGCAUACACCUAUCUGUUAGGAGAUUACCUUCCAACAAGAUACCCCACCCUCUUCUCGAAGGACGACAAACGCUUCCACAACCGGGUCACUGGUGUUUCCCUUCCACUCUUAUCACCUGAAGACCCGAUAGCAGCGUUGCGUAGCCUGGGAGAGAAUGUUGAAGACGACAUGUUCUUCUUGCGUGAGACGCAGGAGGGACAUCAAUGUACUGCCUUCGUAUGCUGUUGUCCCUCUGGGUUUGACCCGGCGGAAAAGAUAGGCAAGUUGAUGAAGGAUAUCCAUGGGCCAGUGCCGUCGUAUGAGAAAAUCGGGCCGAGCAUGGAAAGAUACUUCAGCCGGCUAGAAGUUGGAAAGACCGUUUCUCGAGUCAAUUGGGCAGUUACAACGAACCCAGACUUGUUCAAUGUCUCCGGUAAUCACAUAAAUGAAGGGGACCAAUACCAGCAGAAUGCAGACAUUGACAUUGAAAAAACGCGGGUGAGGAUGGAGUUGCAGACAUUGACACGGCUGCCUAAGACCAAAGCGAUCUUGUUCUCGUUCAAAACAUACAUGUAUCCCAUUAAAGAGAUCAAGGCCGAAGGGUUGGGUCCAGAUCUUGCCAAUGCGAUCGAAGGGUUCAAAACAGGAAAUGCCCCUGGCAUGUGGGUUUAUAAGGGAGGCGUACGAUGGGGGAAGAGUGUAUGCGAGUACUUGAGAUCUUGAUAUAGGCAGCUACUAGGUAUACAGAUGGGAAUAUAAGUACUUAGCUGGGUGCCUAUAUGUGUAUAUGUUCACGGCGUUCUGGUCUCUGUGUGGAGAGGUUUCGCGCAGUCAUGAUGAAGACAUCGGAUGAAUUAUUGUAGAUAAUAGUUAGUUACCUAGGUACAUAAUUUAGGAGACUGGGGUAAGGUGCUUGG